UUUGUGCUUUCAGUAAUAUACAGUGAGAGUUCCUUCGUCCCUCGGCCACCUGCAAAUUCGCAAGCCUUUCGCCGCCUUCUACUACUCCCCAAAAUCCUCACUUUGCAAUAUUUUUUUACUUCUCUCUCUAAAUCUUCUUUAUAUUUUCAAGAAGUGCAGUUGUUUAUCUUGGAGCUCAAAAACCCAAGUGACUUGGGUUUAGCUGUGAAGUUUUCCACUUUUUCGGAAUGCUAUGUUGAGCAUGUGGACACCCAAAUAUUGGUGAUUUCAAGAAAAAAAAAUGUAUCUUUGAGGAAAAUACUAGUUCAAGAAUAAGAUUUUCUUGCAGAAAGUUGGGUGUUUUUUUUCUUUUUUGGGUGAGAGCUUUCUACUUUAGUGAACUGAUCUUGGAGCUGAGUGUUAAUCUUGGUGUUUUUUUUGAAGAGUGUUACUGGACCAGGUGUGGAAGGGCUCCUAAUAAUGCUUGAGUGCCCAAACAUAGAUCAAUUCUGAGUAGCAGUUAUCACACUUGUUCAUCAUGCCUCUCUCUGAGUUCUUGAAAAUGGCUAUUGGGAAGCUUGAAUCUGGCCAGCAGAAGAUCUCAUCUACCACAAAUCUGUCUUCUUUUCCUGAGAACGACUUGAUUGAGCUUAAAUGGCAAAAUGGUCAGAUUGUGAUGCAAGGACAGUCCAGUAGUGCUAAGAAAAGCACUGUUCCUAAUAAUCUUCAGUCGAGUGCCUCAGGGGAUCGAGACAAGUACACGGGAAAUUCAUCAACCUCUAAGAUUGGGAAGUUUGGUCUGAUGGACACCAUGUUGAAUGAUAUGUCAUUAUCUGUGCCCACUGAUGAAUUAGAUUUGAUUCAAGAGGAUGAAGGGGUGCCUUGGUUAGGAUAUCCAGCAGAUGACAGUCUGCAACAAGAUUAUUGUGCUCAACUAUUACCUGAAAUAUCUGGUGUGACGGCAAAUGAACAGUCCAGACAGAGUGUAUUUGGUUUAAUAAAUAAGAGAGGUAGUUCUGACAAGAUGAUUGGGGAUUCACAUAGUGUUCCUGUUCAUAAUGCUGUGAAUUUUGAGCAAAGAAAUACAUCAAAGGUAUCUCCCUCUUCCAGAUUUAGCCCGUUAAGUUCAUUGCCAUCUCAGAAAGGUCAUGCGUCAAUACCUACCCUAGAAUCAGGAGUUUCAGAUAUCUUUAGCAGUAAAAAUAGCAAUACUCCAAUGUCUGUUUUGGGGGAUUCAAAUCAAAGUAAAGCUUCAGCUGGUGAUGUUAAAAGCAAUAAAAUUCAAAAGCAAAACAUGCCUGGAAAUAGGUCCAAUUUGUUGAACUUCUCGCAUUUCUCAAGACCUGCUACAUUUGUUAAAGCAGCUAAGCUUCAAAGUAGUACUGGCGGUUCAAAUGUCUCAGAUUCACCUAUCUUAGAAGCAAAGGGAAAAAAAGGAGGAGAAAAAGUGGCAAUUGGUGAUAAUCAUGUUAGUGCUGCAGCAACUGAAAACUACUUUACUUCCAAGAAGGAUAAUGUUCCCCAUUAUCCAACUAAUGGGGUACCUUUUCAACUCGAGUCAAGACCAUCUGGAGCUAGCUUUCAUGAUAGAUCAUGUCAGGUUGAACAGUCUGAUAAUGCAUUCAGAGAUUGUUCAAGUAAUAAUGAAAACACCCGUGAUCAAUUUACCGGUGCUAAGGCAACCAAGGAUAUUGCCGAUGGUGAGAGAAAUGUUGAACAUGGGGUUGCUUGCUCAUCUGUAUGUUCUGGUAGCAGUGCAGAGAGAGGAUCAAGUGAUCAGCCUCUUAACAUAAAGAGGAAAACCCGAGAUAAUGAGGAGUCCGAGUGUCGAAGUGAAGAUGUUGAAGAAGAAUCUGUUGGUAUAAAAAAAACUUGUGCUGCUCGAGGAGGUACAGGUUCAAAGAGAAGCCGAGCUGCAGAGGUGCAUAAUUUAUCUGAGCGGAGGCGAAGGGAUAGGAUUAAUGAAAAGAUGCGUGCAUUACAGGAACUAAUACCCAACUGCAACAAGGCGGAUAAAGCUUCAAUGCUUGAUGAAGCUAUUGAAUAUUUGAAGACACUUCAACUGCAAGUACAGAUAAUGUCUAUGGGAACAGGGUUUUGCGUCCCGCCAAUGAUGUUCCCUACAGGAGUGCAGCACAUGCAUGGAGCCCAGAUGCCACAUUUCGCCCCAAUGAGUUUAGGUAUGGGUAUGGGGAUGGGAUUUGGGAUGGGUAUGCUUGAGAUGAAUGGUAGAUCUUCUGGCUACCCCAUGUAUCCAAUGCCCUCUGUGCAAGGAGGGCAUUUUCCCUCACCUCCUAUUCCUGCUUCCACCGCUUAUCCAGGAAUAGCUGUAUCUAAUCGUCACGCCUAUGCACAUCCUGGUCAAGGACUUCCAAUGUCAAUUCCUCGAGCAUCUCUAGGUCCUUUGGCAGGGCAACCAUCAACUGGUGCUGCUGUUCCUAUGAAUGUUGCAAGGGCAGGAGUUCCAGUGGAGAUACGGAGUGCACCACCGAAUUUGGAUUCCAAAACUCCAGUACACAAGAACUCACAGAUAGUCCAAAAUGCUGAAGCUAGCCGCCCACAGAAUCAGACAUGCAGUCAGGUACAAGCAACAAAUGAAGUUCUGGAAAAAUCAGCACAAAAAAAUGACCAACUCCCAGAUGUUAUUGAUAGUGCAGCGAAUAGGUUGACCAACUGAACAAAUGUGCCUGGAAAUGAAGCUGGUCCCAGUUUGUAGACACAACUGUAGGUUCUGAUCAAAUGUCGGUUUGGUUCCAUCCAAGGGAAGAAGUCAUUUUCUCAUUUAGUGGAAGGUAGCCCCUUUUAACUCCAACCGAUGUGCAGUUCUGAGAAUUUAUUGUUACCGGAGAUGCCUGUUAGAGUUUCAGAAUGAAAGUUGGUUUUGCAACAGCCAUCAGAAUGUAGACAAAUGCAUGCACAGUUUUUGGUAAUGUAAAGAGACCAUAAUUUUCUCCUUCCAAUGUAAACAUCAAAGAUAUGUAAAAGCAGGGAGUGGACUUCUUCCUGGCAUCUCAACAGUGUAGUGUGUAUCAGAAAUCAACGUUCUUCAAAUAAUAAAAUAGCGCAAGCAUUUCUCUUA